GGUGAGGAGCGCAGCACACAAACCGUCACGAAGGAGACCGGCGCACUUCGGGCUGCCGCGGUCCCGACCAGGGGACUCUGGAGCCGUGAUGACCCCGCAUCCUGGCCGUCCUGGGCGGGACUGAAGGAGGCCCAAAUGGAGAGUGGACGCCAGAGCCACCAAGGACAUGGGGAAGAUGCUGGGGGGGGACGAGGAGAAGGAUCCUGAUGCUGCCAAGAAGGAGGAGGAGCGCCAGGAAGCGCUGCGGCAGGCGGAGGAGGAGCGCAAGGCCAAGUACGCCAAGAUGGAGGCCGAGCGUGAGGUCAUGAGGCAGGGCAUCCGCGACAAGUAUGGCAUCAAGAAAAAGGAGGAGCGUGAGGCCGAGGCCCAGGCAGCCAUGGAGGCCAACUCGGAGGGCAGCCUGACACGGCCCAAGAAGGCCAUCCCACCGGGCUGUGGUGAUGAGCCAGAAGAGGAAGACGAGAGCAUCCUGGACACGGUCAUCAAGUACCUGCCUGGGCCACUGCAGGACAUGUUCAAGAAGUAACACCCUGAACAUCUGGGAGCCGGAGCCCCUGCGCGCCCCUGUACAGACCCUCGCGGAGGCCCCCAGGGACAUCGGGAGCAGCACGGCCCCCAUGCCACUAUAAGCCAUAGUCCUAGGUCCACUCUGCCCAUGCCCCUCUCACACCAUCCCUGCUACCCUUGCCGAGGCCCAGGUCACAGCCCAUUCCAUGCUGGCCAGAUCCCCACUGCUCUUGUAUCACCAUCCCCACCAGCCCAAGGUCAUCCCAGGGCCAGCCCCUUGCCCACCCUGGGCUUGGCCCAUGCAUCAUGGGCACCCAUGGGGCUCAAAAUCAGGAGCACAGCCAUAGUGGGGGGUGGGUGUCUGGGCCUGGGCAGCAGCGGCGCCUGGCCCACCACAUGGGACCUGGGUUGCUGGGCCUGAUGGACCCCACUUCUGUCUUCCUGUCAACUGACCACAGUACCCCGCCCAGGCCUCGCUUUGUGUCCAAGGGUCUCUUUCCGUUCCUCCCUCCGUCAUGUGCAAAGUUCACCUCGGCCUCUUAGGAAUGCCAUCUUAACCAGGGGAAACAAAGAAACAGGUCUGGGGUUCUCAGACAGGCCUGCAGUGCACACUCAAGAUCUGCCUCUCCCUGCACCUGCUGGUUCCCUGAGGGGCUCCUGCCCUUGCCCAGGGGCACCCACACUCCAGUGCUUGGGAGGCCUGAGAACAUCCAGGGGAGACAGAAGCGGGGGAGGGGGCUCAACUGUCCCUGCCCUUCCUCCAAAGUGUUGUGCCGUGCUUGGCAGGUGGAUGUGGGCCCCAGGGUAGGGGCUGAGGGGCUGCCUGUACCCAGACCAACAGACCAGAGAGACUUGGCAGAAAUACCCCAGUGUCCUGCAUCCUGCCCUCCUGUGCCCGCCUCCACCCCUGUUUAAUUUGCAUCACAAUAUGUCAAAUCUCAGGUAAAUGAGGUCUUCGGUAUUUAAUGAGUUAUAUCUUGACAGGAAGGCUGUCACCCUGGCCCCGGGCCCCGGCCCUUUCUGUCCACAUCAAAACUGCAUUCAGUGUCCACGGAUGGCAGGCCAGGGCCAGGGCAUGACACUGACCCUCAUGACCUUACAUAGCUCUUAGAGAAGCCAUAUCAAUUAGACUGCAAUACUAACUGCAAAUACCCCUCUGUCCAAAGAGGCGAAGCACGCUUGGUGCCAGCACCCUGCUCGCCCCACCGCCCUCCGCUCCUCCUGGGUCCACAUCUUUUUUAAAUGCUUGUCUCCACAUGAUGAAAAGCCAGCUCUGAGCAGCCUGGGCGUUCUCUCGUGUCAACCCCCAUAUCUUGUGGCCGAUGCAUGGGUGCCCAGGGCCACUGAGCUUAGCGAGACCAUGGGUGUCGCGUCUGUCUUUCCCUGCACCUGCACCUUCCCCUGCAUGUCAGAGGCUCUGUGUGUUCUCUCUGGAUAGAAUCACAGCCAAUAAACAGUGAUUUCACA